UUUUAAUUUCUCACUCUCUCCACAAUAAGUAGCUACACAAAAUGAACUAAAAACCUCAACUUUCUCAUCAAUUUCUUCAACUCUUUCUUAAUUUCUCCCUAAAGAAAAUGGCAAGAAAACUUGGAAUUUUCUUUGCAAUAUUUUGCAUUCUCUUAACUUCAUCUCUUGCAGAUUGGAACAUCUUGAAAGAGUACAAAACCACCAACAGUGGUCUUAAAAUCAGUCUCAAGAAUUAUUGUGAAAGUUGGAGAAUGAAUGUUGAGUUGCACAACAUUAAAGACUAUGUUGUUAUACCUCAAGAAUGUGUUUCCUAUAUUGCAAAAUACAUGACUUCAACUCAAUACAAAGUGGAUUCUGAAAGAACAAUUGAUGAAUGCAUAUUUCAUCUUAGUACUAACUGUAUUUUGGGAAAAGAUCGUAAAGAUGCUUGGAUUUUUGACAUUGAUGACACCCUUCUUUCCACUGUUCCUUACUACAAGCAAAAUGGCUUUGGGGGAAAUAAGUUGAAUGUGACAUCUUUGGAAGAUUGGAUAAGCCAAGGAAAAGGAACAGCAUUAGAUCAUUCCAUGAAGUUGUUCAAUCAUCUUAAAGAACUUGGAGUUAACAUCUUUCUUGUUUCUUCAAGAAAAGAACAUCUUAGAUCUCCUACCAUUGACAAUCUGGUCCAUGUUGGUUUCUAUGGAUGGACUAGCCUCAUACUAAGGGGUCAAGAAGAUGAAUGCAAAAGUGCUCAAGGUUUUAAGGCUGAGGUAAGGAGUAAACUAAUAAGCAAUGGCUAUAGAAUUUUGGGAAUUGUUGGAGAUCAAUGGAGUAGCAUUGAGGGACUUCCAAGUGCAAAAAGAACAUUCAAACUACCAAAUCCAUUAUAUUAUGUUGCUUGAUUUGGAUCAUAAUUUGUUUCUUUCACUUGUGAAUUUGUCAUGACUUUGUGAGGAAAAAGCAUGAUUUAUUUAUGUGAUCUUAUUUUAUUUUUUGUGAUGUGGUGUUUUUAAUGGAAAUAAUUUCUGAAGCAACUUGAUAAUUUUGUUG